UCACAAAGCUUCAACAAGCUCAAGUAUGAAGGUCUUGGUAAUAUUGGUUGCUCUGGCAGGGAUCGCCACAGCCGUGGACUACUGUGCCUUGCCCACAUGUCUGGACAAGCAUAUUGCUUGCAACAAUAAGGGUGCUUUUAGCGAGGAUUGCCCUAAGGAUGUGCGUGAGAUUAAGAUCGAUGCGCAUCAGAAAUUGAUUCUCUCGUUGUUCAAUGAGCUGCGCAACAAGGUUGCCGGCGGCAGUAUUGAGGGUCUACCCAAGGCGUCUCGCAUGGCCAAGAUGUCCUGGUGCGAGGAGCUCACUCAUUUGGCGCUGUUCAAUGUGAAGACCUGCCAAUCCUUGCCGGACAAGUGCCGCAGCACCGAGCGCUUUGCAUACGCUGGCCAAAACAAUGCCAUCUUCAGCUAUAGUGGUGCCGAAUCGGAGUACACCGAUGCGGAGAUCAUCAAGGAACAGAUCGAGAAAUGGUUCUCCGAGCGGGCUAAUGCCUCUCCUGAAAUUCUUGCCAGCUUCCCAGAAGAUCUGCCCAACAAGGCAAUUGGCAAAUUCACCAUAGCCGUCGCCGAGAAGAACACCCACGUGGGCUGUGCCGCCGUGCGCUUCUCUCGUGACUACUACAACCACUUCGUGCUCACCUGCAACUUUGCCACCACUAACGUGGUUGGCCAGCCCGUGUACACACCCGGCGAGCAUGCCACAGCCGGCUGCAAAAAUCGCUAUGGCGCUGCCUUCGACUAUCCCAAUCUGUGCUACGCCAAGGAGAUCUAUGACAACGAAAAAGUCAUUCCUGACAUUAAGAUUAACUAAAAGCAACAUGUACCCAUAUCAAUAAUCACAACAGCCAAUUAAAUCGUCGACCUCACCACCCA